AUGUUAAGUAGUUCUGAGUUGUCUUACGAUUAUCCCACAGAUGAAUCCGUUGUACUGUGGCAGGAUAUCACCCUUCAGCAUGAUAGAAAAAACAACAUGAAUGUGUCUGUGCAUAAUGGUAUUACCGACGCGCAGGAAACUUCGAUACAACGAUUACUCGAACCAAAUAUUAUUAUGUCAGCACCCAAAAUUAGUACAGUUGUUACGACAUUAACACCACAAAUACAAUUAUCUAAUUUACAUUUUUCUGCCGAAAACUCAACGGAGGAAUCAGGAAAAAAUGAAAUUGAUGUUGGUCUCAGUCGUGUUCCUUAUCCAGAAGUAACAUCCGUUAAUAGUUCCAUUCCUGUAUCUGUAGAGAAAAGUGUGGAAACGGCACAAACAGUUUCAUCAAAAUAUGCUACUGGAGCAAUUUAUGCUUACCAACCAGGAAAAAUAUAUCGAGCGAAGCGUGUUAUCAUAUUAGGUGAUGCUGGAGUUGGGAAGACUUGUCUUAGUUUUCGUUUUUGUAAUGGGAGAUUUCCGGCUCAAACGGAAGCAACGAUAGGAGUGGAUUUUCGAGAACGUUCUGUUACCAUCGAUGGUGAACUGAUAAGAGUUCAGCUAUGGGAUACAGCUGGACAGGAGCGUUAUCGGCAGUCCAUUGUAUCACAUUAUUAUCGAAAUGUGAAUGCCGUUGUAUUCGUUUAUGAUGUAAAUAAUCCGUCAUCAUUUCACUCAUUAAAUGACUGGAUCAGUGAGUGCCGCAAACACUCGGUUUCGUCGACAAAUAAUACCCCGCAUAUACUAAUUGGAAAUAAAUGUGAUUUGGUACUGGAAAACAGAAUUAAAACUGAUGUUGCACAGAUUUUUGCUGAUCAAAAUGAUAUGGCGUUAUUUGAGACGUCAGCAUUAGCAGAUGCUGAAGCGGAUCAUGUUGAGUCGAUUUUUAUGACAUUGGUGCAUAAGUUGCAACAGAGUAAACCAAUGCAUGUUCAAACGGAUGAAGAAAGAGCCCGGAAAGAGCAAAGGUUAUUACUAAAAGCUGGUGAUGCUACUACAGAAAUUAGUGGCGAAGGAUGGUGCUGCUGA